CAAUGUCAGACCCCGCCCAACACAAUACCGGGGCUGCCGGGGCUAAUGGAUCCUCUCCGACCACAAGCGCCGAAACGCCUAAGGAGGCACCGGUCAUCAAACCCCGUCGAAAGCUCCCCGCAUGGCUGGAUCACUUCAAUGCGCGCGAUCUAAAAGUACUCUUUCGCUGCGCCGUGGCAGUAUGGGUCGCCUCACUGUUAAUCUUUAUCGGUCCAUCGCUACAGAAGCUGAGCACUGCGACCUUCUUUGCAACAUUGGUUCUGUUCAUGGUACCUCCUAAUGGAAUCGUCUUCAUCUUCGUUCUGGGUUCCUUCACCCUCAUCAUUGGUAUGGCCACAGGAUGGGCCUGGGGGGGUUAUCACUAUGAAGGCCGCUUUGGCGGCGCCCAAGCCAACUCAACUGGGCAAACUGUCGCCUAUGAAGAAGAGGUUCUUCUUUAUAGUGGAUAUAUGCUUGAUGCGCGCGUCUCGGCAGUAUACUUUUGCAUGAUUUGCUUCUUGGUUUAUCUCCUGGCCCGCAUUCGAGCUAAGAACCCCAAGUUUGUUCUAUUCCAGAUCUUCGGUACCAUCAUUAUGGACAUUUUCUUGACUAUUGGACCUUUACUUCCUUCCUUUGAAGGAACGAUAGCAAAAGUACUGAUUGAGCCUGCAGCCAUUGGAGUCGGCCUGGGACUAGCUUGUCAGAUCCUCUUGUUCCCCAAAUCGACUUCUUGUACCGUUCUGGAAGGCAUGGAGGGGCUGACCCGGCUAUUGAAGGGUCCACUAAAUGUGACUUCGGUUGGCUUGCUAUCGGACGAGCUAGUAACAUUGGCAGACUUGACAGCGAUUAAGAUGAAGAUCAUUGGUACAUACAAGGCGAUUCAGCCCGCGCUUGGAUUCCUCCAAUUGGAUUUUUCGGUCGGUCGCUGGAAUGCCGAUGAUAUCAAGAGUCUGAAGAAACCUUUGCGACGAGUUACACUCGCUUCCUUGGCAUUAAUGCAAUUCCACCUUCAACGUGCUGGUGGUCACGAAAAAUUGGAAAACCUCCGUGCAAUUCUCGUGGACUCGGAGAACCCUCAAACAGACAUACUAGAUGAGAAGAAACCACCAUCCCGAUCCCGUGAAGCUGGACGGCGUCAGCUCAUGGAAAGUGUUCGCCUCGUGAAGGCUUUCCACACCCCAGAACAUGAAACCCGUCGAUCUGAAAUCGUCGCAUCGAUCAAGGAGCCCAGCAAGAAGAUCUUACCUGUAUGCGAAGAGGCGAAUAACGUUUUCGCCGACUGUAUUCAUGCGAUAAAUGCUGCGCGCUGGUUCAAUCGACCAACUCAACAGCACAUGGAUGAGCUCCUCGCACGCACUGAGACUGCCCUGGAACAGCUGAAAAUCGAGCGCGAAGCCUUUACCUCCAGUUUUACAGACAGUCUCAUUCAGACAAAUGCAGAUAUAUUUGACCAGGAUGGGAACCUGAAAGAUCUCGAAGAAGCUACCGUGCAUAAGGUACGCGUGAUCUCGGUCUGUAUGAUCUUCGAGGAACAACUCAUUGGAGUGGCCGUGGCCUGGGAAAGCGCUCUGGAACAAUUGGUUGCUCUGAUGAAGGAGCGUCAGAAGAUUCGCUUGUGGCUUCCUAAAGGAUUGCGAUAUGCUGUUAACUGGGCUCUUCGAAGGAAUGCCGUUGCCCCUGUCAUCGCGGCGCAGACUCCCAAUGAUCCUGAAGUCGUGGAGGAACACUCCAAGGCGGCUCAGCAGAGUCUUCGGAUCAGUCGAGGAUAUCGCGUGAAGCAACGUAGUGGUCUGGGACGUGCGAUUCUUAGUUCCUACCACUGGUUUAUCAAUGCUGAUGGCAUGUAUGCCAUGCGCAUGGUGAUUGUUACCAUCGCCCUUGGAAUCCCUGCUGUUAUCCCAGCCAGUGCUGGGUUCUUCUAUCGUGAAAAGGGUCUCUGGGCUUUGAUUAUGGGACAAACCUCACUGGUGAUCUAUAUGUCAGAUUUUACACUCUCAUUGGUCUCUCGUACCACGGGUACCAUCAUUGGGGGUGUCACUGGUUUGGUGGCCUGGUACAUUGGCUCCGGCGAUGGCGGUGGUAACUCAUACGGCCUUGCAGCAGUGAUGGCCGUUGUGCUCACCUUGCUGAUGUGGCUGCGUCUUUUCCUCCCCUUAGCUUUAUUACAAGGCACAAUGAUGUGUGGAGCCACCCUCAUCCUUGUCGUUGGAUACAGCUUUGACGAUACGCACAUUCCCUCGUACGGAAACCCCGGGCAUGGAUACACCGUCUUCUGGCGACGAUUAGUACUUGUCCUCAUCGGAUCAGCCGCCGCGUUGAUCAUCCAACUCUUCCCUAGACCCCCAUCUGCUACACGCCACGUCUGCAAAUCUCUUUCAAAUAUUAUCCGCUCAUUAUCUGAUCACUACGCACUACUCCUUUCAUGCUGGGGCCAACCCGACCGUGAGGAAGGUCUAGUCGCCGAAGAACUAGCCUUCAAUGUCGCCGAUGCACUCAGUGCCCUCGAUGGACCAGUCGCUCUUCUCCGACUAGAAUUUUCCAGCUCACCCUUCGACAGUGAACGUCUUACUCAAGUGAAAGCUCUUUGUCAAGAUCUGAAUCAAAAUCUUGCCCGUCUCCUAUUCCUGUCUGCAUCCUUGCCAGAACAUUUCCAAACCAGAAUAGCAACCCGAGCUGGUCUUCUCGACCAUCGCAACAUCGGUGAUGCUAUGGCUGUUCUGGGACUCAUUGAGCAAGCUCUUAAAACCGGGGAUCCGUUGCCUGAAGUACUCCCGACACCCUUGCUAAACCGUUGUCUUGAUUACUGGGAGAAACAUAAGGGAGAAAUGAUAUUGACUACGGAGCUUAUGCAGGAUGAAAAUUACCGUCGCUUCUGUGUCGCUGUUAAUGCUCACCUUAACUUCCUGGGUGCUGUCGAUGACUUGGUUCUUGUGAUGAAGGGCACAUUGGGUGAGUCGCAUAUUGUGAGUCGGGAGUUGAUGCAUGAUUUGCAAGUG